AUGAGAUUAAUCAUCCCCAUUUUCGCCUGCAUUGCCAGUGCAGUCCUCGGCGCUAAGGAAGAGGAAAAAGUAUCCGGCCCAGUAGUUGGUAUAGAUCUUGGUACUACCUAUUCUUGUGUCGGCAUCUACAAGAACGGCCGUGUCGAGAUCAUCCCCAACGACCAGGGUAACCGUAUCACUCCGUCAUACGUGGCCUUCACUGAUGAAGAGCGUCUCGUCGGCGAGGCCGCGAAGAACUAUGUGGCAGUGGACCCGCAGAAUACAGUUUUCGAUGUCAAGCGACUCAUCGGGCGUCGCUACUCUGACAAGACCGUUCAGCGUGAUAAGAAGCUACUGCCUUUCAGUAUCAUCGACAAGGGCGGCAAGCCUAUGAUAGAGAUCGCCGUCAAGGGCCAGAAGAAGGCUCUGACUCCCGAGGAAAUCUCGGCUAUGGUGUUGACAAAGAUGAAGGAGACUGCUGAGAAUUACCUCGGUACUGAAGUCAAGAACGCCGUGAUCACUGUUCCGGCUUACUUCAACGAUGGCCAGCGUCAAGCCACUAAGGAUGCUGGUGCCAUUGCUGGCCUCAAUGUCAUGAGAAUUAUCAACGAGCCCACAGCCGCUGCUAUCGCCUAUGCGAGGAAGGCGGGUUUCAAAACAUGGACGACGCAUCUACGACUUCACAGAGUGCUAGUUGCGGCGAAAGAGUCAGAGCUCACUCGAGAGCUGCGGCUCAUGCGGCAGCCACAACGCAGAGAAGCAGGGCCUCAUCCGACACCUAUUGUUAGUCUUAUGCCGGGUAUUCAUCUUCCUGCCUUGGUCGCUACUGAGGAUGCUAGGAAGGCUAGCGAGCAACUGCGGAAAGAUUUACACCUGACUCCUGUUGAGUUGCCACCCGUGACGAGAAGACCUGUCGGGACGGCCGAGAUACCCUGGCUGAAUAUUGAACCACGGGCGGGUUCUGUGAGCAAAUCGAUCUUUGAUAGUUUAGCGCCUGCUAGUCCCAGCCUCCGACUAUCUCAAGGGAGCUCUGAGGCAGCAGUGUGGACCCCACGGCUUGUUAAGUGUACGCCUCGUCGACGGUGUUCUCGGUCACGAAUGGCGCCUGUGACACGUACCACCAUGAUGAUGCUGCAAUCUGGUGACAUACGCUCGUCUAUUGGAGCUGAGUCUUCGUUACUAGCUUAUGCGAGUACCACCGACGACGGAUGGGACGCUGCAUCAUUACUCAUGCCGGAUGCUUCGUCGGUGAGAGUUCCUCCUUCACCCCGAACGACAAGAAUGUCCCCACGGAGGCUCAAGCAGAAAAGAAGAACACUAGAGCAGACAGUCCCAAUGGCCGAUGUGACCCCGGUCGAUUGCCAGGUGCUAUGUAAUGCUGUGCUCGAGCGAGUAUACCGGCAAGCUUGGGAGAUCGGACGUGUGAACGUGUCAUCGAGGAGACAGCUGCAACAACAAUUCAGAAGCACUUUAGAUUACUCAAGAUGUCAAGAGCUCGUGAAGUCAUCCAAGAAGAAACAGCAGCGGUAUAGAGACUCCGAGACUGUUCGGACGAUACUGGCUGGUCCAAUGGCUCGGACUCUCAUCGAGAUGCCGAAUGUCUAUGGCGAAUUGCCGAUAAUGUGGGCUGCAAAGGUGUUCUCGCGCAAGCUGCGCCUGCGAACCAUUUUGAGCGAUGGACUAACACUACUAAUCGUCUGCGCCCAGUUCGACAACGCAGCGAUGAUGGAAUGGCUUUGGCUUACUGGUGGUAUGUUCAUAGACGAGAAAGACCAUUCGGGCCGAACGGCAUUGCAUUGGGCUGCUUACAAGGGCCAUCGAAAAUCUGUUCAGUGGCUGCUGUCUCGCGGUGCUUCACUCAUCGAACGUGAUAUCGACGGCAUGACACCACUUCACUUAGCCUCCAUGCAAGGCCAGAAGAUGGUCGGAUCGAGUAUCCAUCACACAUCGUUCGACAUGAUUGUCAAGUCGUGGACCUCCGACUCGUUUAGCUUCAACUGA